AUGGCAACUCCAACUCGCACCCACGCCGUCUCCACUCCUAAACCUCAUCUCUCAACUCCAAACCGAUUGAUGGCUUCACCUCGCCCAGGCGCAGCGACCAAUACUGGCCGUCCUUUUGCCCACAAAUCCCCUGCCGUGAAAACACCUGCUUCAAACCAUGGUCACACUCACCAUGUCAGUGUCUCCUCUCAACCGUCAUCGACCCCGCUUACCACAACCGCCAUCCAUGAUGAUCUCUUGAACUUGACCUCACCUGCGGCUGCUCUGAUGGCCAGCCUCGGACCUACAGGCAUGACCCCACUAGGGACUGGAGCUGAUGGAUUGGGAAUAUCUUCUAAUGGCCAUGAUCAGGCCGUCAGGGGAGGCAUACCACCUGUGAGUGCAGAGGUUGAGAGAUUUCAGCGUGCGGAGUGGAUUGCCAAUCUCCUCAAGUCUCGUGUGGCAGGACGGGGCAUCACAAGAGAAGGCGUAGAGCGCAUAGCUCAGCUUCAAGGAUUCAACACACUCUGGGACGAUGACAACCUUACGAUUGCGGGCAAUGCUGUCGAUCUGGAACUCAAUUUUGAGUCCCUAAAUCGGGAUGUGGUCAAGGAUGUGAGCCUUAAACUGAGUAAUUCGGAACAUGAAGAGCCCCAAUUACAAGAGAAUGGCACCAAGGUUCUUAAGCAGAACUUGAGCUGGCCGCUCUCUGGCGAUCAUUCCUUGCCGUGGGCCAGUCUCUCUUCUUUCGAGUCCAACUUGCAUUAUUUAAGGCAAGUUGACCAGAUUGAGGAUGGUGCAUCUUGCUUCAAUGUUAUCAACACGCUUAGUCACUCCUUCAAGCAGAUUUGGGAUGCUGAGAAACAGAAGCUGAACUGGCAUCACCAUCUCAGUCACAUUAGACGUGGUGCAAUUGGCAAGCCUUUCCGGGAUCGCGGUGCGAGACUGGGACUAUCCCUGGAUUAUUGGGUUCGAAAGGAACAACUUGGAGCAAGUUCCACUGAUGACGAGAUUGUGAUGAAGCCUGACGACCUCUAUACCAUCCAGAUCUCGUGUGAGUCGGAUCCAAAUCCAACUCUUCUGCCACGCAAUUGGCUAUCCGAACAGGUUCUUUCUGAACAGCCUCAGGCGGCGUCGAUACUAGAAGCUGAUGGUGAUCUUUUGAUGCCUGAAUGGCAAGAUCCAUCCUCUGAUGGCAAUGGGUCUAAUGAUCUAUCAAGGUCGGACCAAGGUAAUACGACAGGGGACAAAUCGGCCCCCUCUCUACCUUCAAUGGUUAAUAUGCACUUCGUCUGCUCACUGUCUCCUCAAGUAUAUCUGCCCUUAAAUGCUGCUGCAGGUCUCAGUUUGGGCUUUCCAAUGUUGGACCUCAACCAAGAAUCAACUGUUACAUAUCAAAAAGCGCUCCAUGAUCACUUCAACAAAGGCAAACCAAAUGUUCACGACGAGGUUGCUGAGGAACGAUGGUCGCGAGACUUAUUCUUUGCCACUGGCGAAAGUGGUAAUGGCAACCGACGACAUUCUUAUGCCCUGCACUCGGCUCAGAAUGCAGCUCCACUGUGGUGCUUUCCGGUCACUUCUUUGAACUUUACGCAUCCCAGACAGCUUGCGGCUGCAUUGCCAGUCCUCAGACAAUAUGCGUUGUUGGGGAACAUUCUUCAAAGCCUCGUCGAAUUUCCAUCCUCUGGCGAUGCUGACCAGAAAGGAAAGUCGAGUUUUGGAGAACCCAGGGAAAUGUCACCUGUGCAUCGGCGGACUGUGAAGCGCAGUAAUGUGAAAUCCGGAAGCCAGACAUUGCCAAUUCUGACUCAAAGGAAUGGCCACUCACUCGACCGAGAGGCACUCCCUAUUGACAUCAGUUUAGAUGUUAUUUCUGAUCCGUCGCGAGCACGACUCGAUCUCUUUAUUCCACUAAAGGGCACACUUCAUAAAAAGCGGCGAAAGCCUUUCAUCUAUCUAUCUCUCGAAGUGUGCAGUGGAGGCUCGAUUGAAGUUAGAUCUCUUCAGGGUGUUCAAGCUAGCGACUCUGAUGACACCCUCUUGAAGCAGAGGGUCGCACGAGUUUUGGCGACUACUGAAGAUAUUGGGAUUGUAGUCGAAUGGCUCAUUGGCCAGGCCUUCCCGCAGGAUUAA